CAUCGAUGUUUGGUCCAGCACUAACGGAGCGUCGUUUGCGAAAAAAGUGUCGGAAAAUUGUGGAAAAAUAUGCCAUUUCCCAGUGCCGAGUUGUGAGUUGUGCCGCCGUAGCAGCAGUGAAAGCCAGAAAAAGUACCAGUGGAUUUUCUACAAAGCCGGCGUUUGUUUUACCUUCGCCGCAAGCAAAUAGAAAAAACCUUUCCUCAUCUUUUUACCUCUGUGUGUGUGUGCCGUGUGCUUGUCCCCGUGUCUGUGUAUUUGUGUGUGUCGGCCAGCGCGUGUGUGUAUGUGAAGAAAACGCCGCACACUGCGAAAAUUUUCCUUUCCCCAACGGUCGAGAAUAACCGCUAAAAUUGUGGAAAAACAGGAGAAAACCCCCAAGCGGAAGAAGAAGACUGCAGCCAGUAAAAUGUCUGCAGUUUACUCGCCGCAACCGCCGCAGCAGCAACAGCAGCAGUUGCAGCAGCAGCAGCAGCAGCCGCAACAGCAGCCUCCCCCGCCACAACAACAGUCGCAACAGCAGCAGCAGCCGCAACAGCAGCAGUCGCAACAGCAGCAAUUGCAACAGCCGCCUCCCAAUACGGCGCCCAAUCAGCAGCCUCCUGGCUCGGGGGUGGGUCCAGGGGGAGGGGGAGGAGGAGGAGGGGGUGUCCUGCCCAUGAACAUGCAACAGCGACCGCCGAUGGGCGUUCCCGGUUCGCCAGGCGGCCUAAUGGUCACCCCACCCACCACGCCACGCGGCGGAGGAGGAGGUGCCCUCCAGCCGCAGGUCAACUCCGCUCAGAUCCAAAAGAUGCUCGACGAGAACUGCGGACUCAUCCAGACGAUCCAGGACUUUCAGAGCAUGGGAAAGGCGCAGGAGUGCAUGUCCUACCACGUCGCCCUGCAUCGCAAUCUGGUUUAUCUGGCCCAGCUGGCCGAUCCCGCCAUGAAUAUCUCGCAGAUACUGCCGCCACCGCACAUCCUCCAGACGCAGGCCAUGCAGCAGGGCGGCCAGCAGACGCCUCCCAGUGGACCGCAUCCCCAGAUGGGCAUGCAGCAGCAUGGCGGCGAACCGCCCUACGGCGCCCAGCAGCCGCAGCAGCAGCAGCAUCCCAAUCCCGGCCUGCCGCCAGGAGCACAACAGCAAUCUCAGCAGCAGCAGCAGCAGGCGCAACAGCAAGCGGCGGCGCAACAGCAGGCGGCGCAACAGCAGGCCGCAGCAGCAGCGGCGGCAGCAGCUGCGGUAGUUAAUCAACAGCAGGGACCGCAGGUCAGCCAGGCGAAUCCGCAGCAGCAGCAGCAGCAGCAUCCUGUUUAUAGGAACGCCCAGGGACAGGGACAACCUGGAGGCAACCAGCCACCUGGUCAGUCCGUCAUCAAUCCGAAUGCAGCGCCCAAUCAGCAGCGUCCCAACAAUGGACCUCUAAAUGCGGGACAACAGAAUCCCCAGCAGCCGCAGCAGCAGCAGCCGCCCAAUCAGCAGCAGCAACCAGGAGCUCAACCCCAAGUGGGAGCAGGUGUUCCUCCUCCACAGAGUCCCUACCGCGUGAGCUACCAGCAGCAGCAGCAGCAGCAGCAUGGCCACUAUCCCGGCUAUCCGCCGCAGUCGCAGUACCAGCCGCAGGGCGCCUAUCCCUACGGACCGCCCGCCCAGGGCUACGGACCGCCGCCUCCGGGGCCGCCGAAUGCCGCCCAGGGUGGCUAUCAUCAUGGUCCCGCCGGAGCGGCGACGGGAGCCGCUGGUCAUGGCUAUCAGCCGAAUGCCGCGCCGGGCGCCUAUCCGCCGCCACCGAACAGCCAGCAGGUGCCGCCGGUUCCGGGACAGCCGGGACAACAGCCGCCGCCGGGACCUCCACCUGGUCAGCCGCCCACCGGCGGACAGCAGCAGCAGCAGCCGGGUGGGCCACCGGGUCCUCCGCAAAGUCAGUACGGUCCGCCGCCGCCGCAGAACUCCGGCUAUCCGGGCUAUCCGCCCAAUCCCGGCCAGUAUGGUCAGGCGGGAGCAGGCGGAGGACCCCCGCCCAGUGGCUACUGGCCACCGCCGCCGCCCACGAGCAGCGGCCAGAGUCCCUACCAGGCGUAUCAGCAGCAGCAGCAGCAGCCCGCCAGCGGAGCAGCGCCGCCAGCGCCGCCGGGAGGAGGCUACAGCAGCACGGCGCCCAGUCAGACGCCUCCGCCGCAAGGAGGAAGUGCAGCAGGCGGUGGCAACUCGAAUCCCAAUGGACCCAAUGCACAGCAAUCCACGCCGCCGCCUCCCCAAGGAGGAGGAGCAAGUGGAGCAGGAACUGGAGGAGCCAACCAGCAAUAUGCGGGACAGCAACCACCACCAGGCGUCGUGGUUUCCGGCGUGGCGCCGCUGCCCACGCAGGUGCAGCCCACGUACUCGACCCCAGGCAACUACAAUCAGCAGCCAGGAGCUCCUCCGCCGCCCAAUCAACAGCCACAGCAGCCGCCUCCCUCCGCUGGAGGAUCAGCCGCCGGCGGAGGAGCACCGCCGAAUGCCCAGGGUCAAGGCAGCCAGCAGCAGGCGCCGCCGAAUGGAGCGACACCGCCGAUGCCGAAUCAAUACCAGCCGGCGCCAGGAGCUCCUCCUUAUCCGCCACCGCCGCAGGGCUACGGACCACCGCCGCCGGGAAGCGCUUAUCCCGGCCACGCCUACCAUCAGCCGCCUCCCCAGGCGCCCGGCGGCUAUGCACAGUACCCGCCGCCGGCGCAGGGCUACCAGGGCUAUCGGCCAGCCGCCGGGGCACAGAUGCCGCCGCCAGGAGCACCGCCGCAGGGACCGCCGCCCACCGGGGCAUACGGCUACUACGGCCAGCAGCCGCCGCAAUGAGGAAGGGACAGCCUAUUGCCGCCGCUGCCGCCUGGCUGUCUGCACAACAAGUAGGAGGAUAAGCAGCGGGGGUAAUAGGACAACUGGAU